AUGAGUGCUGUCCUCAACCAAGGUGCUGAAGAACAACCCCUGGUCUUAUGCUACCAAGUGAAUGGGUCUUGUCCCAGGACAAUCCAUCCUCUGGGUGUCCAGUUGGCCAUCUACUUAACCUGUGCAGUAGGCAUGCUAAUCACAGUCUUAGGAAAUUUGUUUGUGGUGUUUGCUGUGUCCUAUUUCAAAGCCCUUCACACUCCCACCAACUUCUUGUUGCUUUCUCUGGCCUUGGCUGACAUGUUUCUGGGUCUGCUGGUGCUGCCCCUCAGCACGAUUCGCUCAGUGGAGAGCUGCUGGUUCUUUGGAGACUUCCUCUGUCGCCUGCAUACCUACUUGGACACCCUCUUCUGUCUUACUUCCAUCUUCCAUCUUUGUUUCAUUUCCAUUGACCGUCACUGUGCCAUCUGUGAGCCCCUGAUUUAUCCUUCCAAGUUCACAGUCAGGGUUGCCUUCAGGUACAUUGUGGCAGGGUGGGGGAUUCCAGCAACUUAUACUGCCUUCUUCCUCUACACAGAUGUGGUAGAGAGAGGGCUCAGCCAGUGGCUGGAAGAGAUGCCUUGUGUGGGCAGUUGCCAGCUGUUGUUCAAUAAGUUUUGGGGUUGGUUAAACUUCCCUGUGUUCUUUUUCCCUUGCCUCAUCAUGAUCAGCCUGUAUGUGAAGAUCUUUAUAGUUGCUACCAGACAAGCUCAGCAGAUGAACACCAUGAGUAAAAGCCAAGCUGGGGCUUCCAAACGUGAAAGAAAAGCUGCCAAGACUCUGGGCAUUGCUGUGGGCAUAUACCUCUUGUGUUGGCUUCCGUUCACCAUUGACACACUGGUUGACAGCCUCAUUAAUUUCCUCACCCCACCAUUGGUGUUUGAUAUCUUCAUUUGGUUUGCUUACUUCAACUCAGCCUGCAAUCCCAUCAUCUAUGUCUUUUCCUACCGGUGGUUCAGGAAGGCACUGAAACUCAUCCUCAGUCGGGAGAUCUUCUCACCAAGGACACCUACAAUUGAUUUGUACCAAGAAUGA